GUGGGGUCCCUCGCUAUCCAUGUGGGGCCUAGGGUUCAGUUAGAGUUAACUCUGAGUUCAACGAAGUGGGAAUUUUUUUCGAAAGAUUUUAGUGGGGGUAAAGUGAAAAGUAAUCAUGGCGGCGGCGGCUGCAACCGCUGGCGACCGCCGCAGAAGGAGCCGCGCUCCAGCGGGUGGCGCCGCGGCCGGAAACGAUGAUGGCGAGGAGCAGCAUCUCAACCCCUUCCUGGACGCAACUCCAUCCGCCUCCUCGAGGGUCCAGUUCAGGUGGGUGAGUGCUUUGCUGCGGUUGCUGCUCAUGAGCAGUUGGUAUUGGCUCCUUGCAAGUGUGACCCGCCCGCUCAAUGUGUUCUGCGGCGGCGGGCGCAGGAACGUGGCCUCACGCGCGCGGUGGGUGGAAGAGGUCGGUGCUGCAGAGGUGGUGGAGAGCAAGGGCAAGCUGUGGCUGACCACCGGCGUCACCCGGGGUGGCAAGCUGUGCUACAACGUCGAGGAGAUCGGGUUCUUGGUUGAAAGGGGUGCCUUGAUUCUUCUCAAUGACAAGGAUGAAACGGUAGGAAUAGAAGCCAUUUAUGAAAAGAUUGCUGGAGGAAAAUAUGGGUGUUCCUGGGAUUCCUUCCAAGCUUAUAAGCACUUGAAAUCGCUUGGUUAUAUUGUUGGACGACACGGUGUCCCCUGGACAAUGAAGAAUAGCGGUACUUGUGACACUACUGUUCCUCCCAGUGUGGUGCACACUGAUCAGAGCUUCAAUAGAAUCGAUGGCACCUGCAGUGACAUAACCAAAUUGCUGAAGGAAAUGCACAUUGAUGGGAUAUCUCCAUCCUUUGAAGUGUAUUUGCCUAACAGCAAGUUCAAAAAGUCAUCCCCAGGAGCCCCUAGCUUCCUCUUAUAUCUGUCAAGGAAUAAGCCCCCCUCAAGGGUUGAAUUGGAAAUGGUGGAAAACAAUUUUGGGACUGUUCCUCUGAAAUAUUGCCAUGUGGAUAAUGGGCGGGUCAGUUUUCUUUCCUUCGACAAGGUCGCACUUCCAAGCUUGCCCUGAUGGAUAGCACAUAGCAGGCAUUUUGUUAGCACUCCUGUUGCCACUGAUCUUUGUAACAUACAUAGAAAUAGCGAGAUCUUCAUUCCAUGAGAUCUUUGCCUCAGCAAUUAUUCUUGUUUGAAGAAUGGCUAGUUUUGUUUCUUAGAUUACUGGCUGCCUUAUAGUACAUGAGAUGUUCCAUAUUGAGCUGAAUGGGUCUUGUUGAGACAGUGAUUUAUAUAUUUAUGGACUAUGUAAACCAGAAUUUUCUUGCA